AAAAAGAAUUGUCAAGAUGAAGGAUAAUAAUAGCUAAUCAGCAUUUUUACUGAAUUUUACUUUUCUCUGCCCCAUAUUCAACACUUCUAAGAUAGUGCAGAGAAAAGAGACAUUUAAAACAUAGUGGCCCUCUGAGAGGCUUUUUCCUUGAAAAGUACCUAAACAUGCUUCAUUGAAUCUAAGGUGCUAUUAAUUAUGAGACACACUGUUGCUUUUUGCAUCAUAAGAAAAAGAAACUUCCAGUUAAACUAUCAUAUAUAUUUACUAAUAUUGAAAACAGUAACUUCAGAGCUAUUUAAAAUGUCCAUGUUAGAAUCAAUGAAAUACAAUAUUUCCCUACAUUACCUGCACAAUUUGAUUAAAAAUAAUGAUUUCAGGAUUUGUGUGCAGUAUUUCUCUUAUAAUUCUUUUGGGAUUUCCAUUUUAGCUUUCAUUACCCUUCAUGUCACUGAACUAUUAAUGCACCAGCCUGUGAGAAUGGCAGGGACAGAUCUAUGAAUGAUUUAAAAGAAAAUUCUCAAACAGUACACAGUGUGAGUGAGGGAAAAUGCUUUACAAUUGGGAUGGGUGGGGAAAAAAAAUCUCUAGAACCAGUGUGAAAGACAACAAAGGCACCCUGGAACAAAAAGAGUGAAGGGAAUAUGUAGAGAGGUUCCUAAUCCUAUUGAAUAACCAAGAAGCUACGUAAGGACAUGAUAUUGGGAAUCUUCAUCACUUUGGAUAGGCUUUUCUACUCUAUUUAUUGCUGGCAAAUGAAAGCCCUAUGGACUGAAAUUUCAAUUACUAUUUGCAGUACCUAGUAAAACUGGAUGUGUGGUGGUUGGGAGUGGUUAAUUGUUUUCAGCUUGGAAACUGUUGGAAGCCAAUUGGUUAUUUUACAGUGGAACUACUGGAUGAAGUGGAGCAAGGUGCAGUGAGAGAAAAGGCAUCUUCUGUUAGGAUAGUCUAAAUACAGAAAGAACCAGGAUGGAUAAAAUGAAAGAUGAAAACCUAAAUGUAUGUGAGCCUGUUUCUCCUGACCCUGAGGCACCAACCACAUCCCUGCUGAAUGAUCUCAAGUACAGCCCAUCAGAGGAAGAGGAGGUGACAUACACAGUCAUUGAUCAGUUCCAGCAGAAGUUUGGUGCUGCUAUGUUCCACAUCAAGAAGCAGAGUGUACUGAGUGUGGCAGCAGAAGGAGCUAAUGUGUGUCGUCAUGGGAAACUGUGUUGGCUUCAGGUGGCUACAAAUAGCCGAGUUUACUUAUUUGACAUUUUCCUUCUGGGAAGUCGUGCUUUCAACAAUGGACUUCAGAUGAUAUUAGAAGAUAAGAGAAUUUUGAAGGUUAUUCAUGAUUGUCGUUGGCUUUCUGAUUGCCUCUCUCACCAAUAUGGAAUUUUGCUGAAUAAUGUCUUUGACACACAGGUAGCAGAUGUCCUUCAAUUUUCCAUGGAAACAGGUGGCUUUCUUCCAAACUGCAUCAGUACUUUGCAGGAGAGUUUAAUCAGACACCUUAAAGUAGCCCCUAAAUAUCUCUCCUUUCUAGAGGAGAGACAAAAACUAAUUAAGGAAAAUCCAGAAGUAUGGUUCACACGACCCCUGUUACCCUCUUUACUGAAAAUGUUGGCUCUGGAAGCUACCUAUCUGCUACCCCUUCGCUUGGUACUCCUGGAUGAGAUGAUGUCUGACCUAACCACCCUGGUGGAUGGGUACCUAAAUACCUAUCGAGAAGGGUCUGCCGACCGGCUUGGAAGCAUAGAGCCUACAUGUAUGGAGCUGCCAGAGGAGCUGCUUCAACUCAAGGACUUUCAGAAGCAGCGCAGAGAGAGAGCUGUAAAAGAAUAUCGGAUGAAUGCACAGGGCCUCCUAAUAAGGACAGUGCUACAUCCAAAGAAAUUAUUGACAGAGACAGCAGGAAAAGAGGAAAAUAUCAAAGGUUUUUUAUUUUGUAAAGAUUCUCAGACAAAUAAAUCUCCAAGUUUUAUUAAUAUAUCUCCUGAAUCUCAUGAGGAUGUGAAUUUUCUGAAAGAAGAAUCUAAGAGUAAAGAAAAUACAACACCUCAACCUCUACCUCCCAUAAAAGAUGGGGAAGCCAGUGAGGAUUCCAGUAACAAACACAUUUGCCUAGAAUCAGAGAGGUCAGAAGACCAGAAAAUGGCUCAAAAAGAACACUUUACAAUACAUAAACAUGAGUUUCAGGCAAAUUUAUCUUUGAAAGAGGAGAUAGAACAGUUAUUGAUGGUGGAAAACAAGGAAGAUUUAAAAUGCACAAAACAAGAUGUUUCAGCAUCUCCUCUUCUUCAGGAAACCAGAGUCUCUCCAAGUGACGUCUUUCAUCCUUUAAAAAGAGCUGUGCUUUCCACACUGCCUCCCUGUCCAGCCUUGGAAAAGACUGAUUCCUGGAUAAAUCCUUCUCUAAGUCUGCCUUAGGGAUUUGCAAUUUGUUCUUAAGGCCAUAAAAGUGGCCCAUUUCCCCUGCCAUCAGGACCUUACAUAGUGCUUAAGUUCCUUAUGUUGUAAAUUUCUUAAUGUUCAGUCACAGGCUUGGGGGGGGCGGAAAUUACAUCCUCUUGCUUAGUCCUACAUUCCUGGUAUUUGGAUUAGAGUGGGAAUGAAUAAGUUAAAUAAUGGAAGAAGUAAAAUUUCUAAUUAUGUCACUAUGCAGUAAUGUUCCCAGUGGCUGGAGUGAAUUAUUUAUCAUAAUUUGGGUUCCUCUGAUUUGAAGAAAGGAAAAAUCUUGGGCUUAGUAUCAGGAAGAAUCUAUAAUUUUUAAAUUUUUGUUUCUUGUUUUUGGCUUUCUCUUUGGCUUGAAGGGAGUUGGUAAAACUAUUAGUCAUGAGUUUUUUAAAAAAUUGGUACCUGACAACUUUAUCAGCACUUUUUUCUGUAUUAAAAUAUUGGUUUUAUGUUUGAAUUUUGAAUGUUCUAUCUCAUGUCAUACAUAGACAAACAUUAGUUAAUGUUAUUAUAGGAAUCAAUACCUUAGUUUUAAUUUCUUUUUAUUUCAUUUACUUUUAGAAGGUUUUGUCCAUUUUCCUAACAAAGCAGGGACUCUGAGCUUCUUGUUAUUAUGUCUAUUAUGUAAACUUGAAGUUUGAUCUGUUCUCUCUCCUUGGAGUAGAUAUACUUUCUUAUGGUGAAAGAAACACAGCUUGUUCUGAGCCUUUUUUAUGUUAAAUACUUAUCAAGCUGCCAACAUUCUUUUGUGUAAAAUUACCAAUAAACCUGUUUUGGCAUUAA